AUGGCGAGGCCUCACUUUGAUUGUAAGGCUUUCGGAGGAGAUAUGAAGGAGAAAUUUUAUCUCAAUUUCUUGAGGAGGCAAAAGGCCAGGGAGUUUGAUGAGUUGAAGCAAGGUGACAUGACUGUGGAGCAGUACUAUGAGAAGUUUGUAGGAUUGAUGAAGUUUGCUCCAGAGUUAGUACCUACUGAGGAAAGAAAGACUAUUAGGUUUGAGACUGGACUUAGUUUUGAGGUGAAGCUUGGGCUAGGAGGUUCAACUUUCAGGACCUUAGAGGAAGUGUAUGAUAGAGCUGCUCAUUUGGGUUCCUAUUUGAAACAAGCUGGAGUUGAGAGCUCAAGCAACAAGAGAAAGGAGAAUCCUAGUAAGAAUUUCCAGAGGAACAACAAAAAGUUCAAGCCUCAAAAUAACUUUCACCAAGGAGGACAGUCUAAUGGCCAAAGGAAUGGAGACCAAUAUCAACAACAGAAGGAUGGAAAUGGUCCUAAUAGGGGAAAGAAAGGAGACGAACGAGUACUGACAAGGGCAAGAGCGGUAACCAGUUUAUCCCGGACAAUCGAAACCACUCAGGAGGCAAUAAACUAUCAAGGUGGGAACAAGCAAAAUGGAAACAAUAAGACCUUUUCAAGUGGAGCUGGUCCUAGUGUGCCUGCAGUGGCAAGAUUGAAUGUCAUAAGUGCUAGAGAAACUGAGAUGUCUAAGGAUGUGGUUACGGGUAAUGUUUCUAUUAAUUCCAUUCUUGCUAAAGCUUUAUUUGAUUCGGGAGCCGAACGUUCAUUUGUUUCAAAGUUAGUUGAUUCAAAAUAUGGCUUAGAAAACCCUAGGGAUGUUGAAAUUCGGAUUAUGUUACCAUCUAGGGAAGUAGUAACUUGCUCAAGAGUAUAUGAGAACGUCCUUGUGAGAAUUGGGGAUGUAUACUUUGCAACCAACCUCAUAGAGUUUCCGAUGGAAGACUUGGAGAUCAUUUUAGGAAUGGAUUGGCUUAAGGAGUAUAAAGCCGAGAUUCUUUGUGGAGAAAAAAAAGUGAGAUUGAGGAAUAAGAAUGGGAAAAAGCAAGUGAGCAAGGGAGCUCUGUUAUUCUUAUGUAGUGUGCAAAGGUUGGAAGAAGAGAAGCUUAAGAUAGAACAUGUGAAGGUGGUGAAUGAGUUUCCAGACGUAUUUCUGGAAGAUAUACCGGGAAUGCCACCUCAAAGGGAGUUAGAAUUCACCAUAGACUUAGUUCCUAGAACUGCCACUAUAUCAAAAGCACCCUAUAGAAUGGCUCCAGCAGAGAUGAAGGAGCUCAACAAGCAAGUAGAGGAAUUACUCGAGAAAGGGUACAUUAGACCUAGUUAUUCCCCAUGGGGAGCGCCUGUUUUGUUCGUGAAGAAGAAGGAUGGGAACUAG